ACCAUUUUUCUGCUUAUUUAAAAUUCUCUUCUUGGGUUAAUUUAUUUGAAUGUCAACUUACCAAAAUGAGCAUGCAGAAAAGGUUAACAUGGAGAUAUCAAAGCUCAAUUUUGUUAGAGAUGGAGCCAUUAGAUUGCCUCCGGGGUUCAGGUUUCAGCCGACUGACCAAGAGAUUGUGUUUCAAUAUUUGAUUCGUAAGGUCUUCUCGUGCCCUCUUCCCGCUUCAAUCGUCCCAGAAAUCGUCAACAUUUGCAAAUUCAAUCCGUGGGACUUGCCUGGUGAUUGGGAGCAAGAUAGGUACUUCUUCAGUAAGAGGGAAGCCAACUAUGGCAAUGGGGAUAGAUCAAGUAGAGCAAGUGAGAGCGGAUACUGGAAAGCAACUAGUUUAGACAAACAGAUCACGAGGUGUUGCAAUAACAAUUCAAGCUCGAGGAAAAGAGAGAUCAUUACUGGGAUGAAGAAAACACUGGUUUUCUACAAAGGCAAGCCGGCUCAUGGAGAGUCGACCACAAGAACUCAUUGGACAAUGCAUGAAUAUCGCCUUGUGCAUUCACCGUACUUAAAACAAACCAACUCCAUCGAUAAGAGAUCUUGGAUUCAAAUGGGAAACUGGGUUAUGUGUCACAUAUUUUUGAACAAAAGAAGUAGAAACGUAGGAGUUAUUGAUGGGAUGAAUAUUGUCAAAUAUGAACCAUCGUCAUCAUCAUCAUCAACAUCAAGUUCAUCAUCUUGUGGUUCAAGUGCGGUGACUUAUAAUGAAGUUACUUCAAGUAGAAAGUUACUAUAUCCUGAAGAAUAAUACCAAGAAUAACGUAACAACUUAGUUAAUGUAGUUUUUAUUCUAUAAUUAAUUAUAAGUUUAUUUUUUGUUA